AUGUCGUUCACUAAUUCGGAGUCACGUGAAUUGCGCACAUAUAGCAUGGCUCUUCUUGGGGCAGCAAUGGGCGCCGAGCAAGCUCAUCAAUAUAGACAGAAUAACACAGUGUUGAUUCCUAUAGCAUUGCAAAGACUUCGAGCUCUCCAUGCAGAAAUGCUUGAGAAUAAUCAAAUUAAGAGUGAUGAGUUUAUUGCAGGAAUUAACCAAAGGAAUAACAGCAAGGCUAAUCCCACAAAUUUUGCUCAUAUGCGGGAGUCUGAGAAACAUGAAAAAGAAUUUGCUUUUCCACUUAGACCUUUAUCCUCAAGCAGAAAACGAUCAGUUUCUUCUAGACGUAUUGAUGGAGUACAUUCGCCUCCUCCAAAACGUCUUCCACCUUCACCAACAUCACAUAAUGAUGAGAAACAAGAUUUGGAGGUUUCUUCAGAAUUUACUUCUUGCUCAACUGCUACAAAUAAUGUUGUAAGCCCUUCGUCUGUAGAAACUUUAAGAGAAGCAACAGGAUAUGGAAUUAGCUAUUAUGACGAAUCUCCGGGUGUUGGUUGCAAUAGCAACAGUAGUUGGCGUCAAACAAUGCAGCCAAUAAUUGUUGGAACGCACAAAUUAUUCCCUUUAUCAAUUGAAAUGGAACAACGAUUGAUCCUUCACUAUUUGGGGCCAACAAGCGAAUACCAGGAUAAUCUCUCAAUUGUGUUGGAACAUCAUGCUUUGGAUGUUGUUCUCUCGUAUUUGGCGGUGGACGGAUAUCAACAUACAUGUCGCGAUAUUCGUCUUCUUUUUGAUGCAAUUCGUUACAUAUCAUCACUUUUAAUUCAUCGGAAAUUCGCUUGGGAGUUUAUCUCAGCACAGGGUAUUCAGAAAUUGUUGAAAAUCAAUCGUCAAUCAUUGGCGCUCACGGCUGUCGCUACUUGUCUCUAUUAUUUGGCCUAUUCUUCUGACAUUAUGGAAAAGGUUUGUCAUUUACCUGAUUCCUUGCUAAAUGAAAUGGUCGAUUAUUCCUUAUAUGCAUUAGAUCAUAGUCAUGAGAGUGGUCGUGAUGGAUUACGUCGUCUCUACAACUAUGUUUCAACUCUCACGAUUCUCCAGCGUAAUGACAUUGAUGAGGAUGAUUUAAUUAAUGAUGAACAUUAUAUUCAAAGCAUAGCUACAAUUAAAAAUGCUAUAUUUGCAUUUAGAACUUAUUUAUCUUCUCAUGUCUUCCUUAAAAUGGAAAAUAUGAAGCAACGUUCACAGCUCGGGAAAAGUAGUCACCAUAUGCAUUAUUAUCAAGGCCGUCGAGUUCCGGCUAUUCCACAUGCCAUUCCAAAUAUUGCUCAUCCACAUUCUAAACCAAUGGCUUUAGAUGAAGAAACUGAGAAGGGAUGUAUUGAAUAUUUGUUACGUACUCAAUGUAUGUUACAACCGCAUCAUCACAAUUGGAAACCAGUGGAAGAUAUGCGCGUUUUGGGUGUUUUCCGUUUGUUAUUUACUCUUAUUUCUAAAUACCCGGACUGGUGUCAUUGGGAACGACAAGGAAAGGCAGAUACACUUAAACUUGUUUUGGAGGUUUUGCGUUUGGCAACAGUUUCUCCUAAAGUUCAAUUGGACUCUUGUGAAACGAUGAUGAUUAGGCACACACCGAUGCAGGGACUCGGUCUCAUUCUGGAAAUGGCAGAUGGAGAACUAAUUAAUGAUUCGCAAAUACAACGUCUUUCUCUUGAAAUUCUUAACAAUUGUUUAUGUAGCCCAACUGAUCAGGACAACUAUCUUGGACUGCAUUAUCGUUUUACUUGUGAUUUUGAUCGAGACAUUCUCCCUAAAGAGUUGUCUGAUAAAUUGUCUGCUGUUUUCGAUAAGCCAAGCGAAGUUCCACUAGUUCCGACAGCGCCCUUGAAUAGUAAUGUUGUUAGUCUUUUCUCUGGUCAGAGGCCAUUAGUAACAAGAACAUCGACAAUUCCACAACAUGUGACAGCUGCAGAAUCCACUGUUAAUAAAGAUAAAGGAGUCAAAUUAUUCCUCGUACCUACGCAAAUUUUGCAUAUUCUUUGGAAAUGUGCGCAACAAAAUAAUGCAAUAAUGGUGUUAACGUCCUUGUUACAUAAGCAAAGCCCGGCUACGGAAGCGGAUUUAAUUCGAGAGCUAGCUUGUAGAGCAUUAAAUGGUGUUGCUCGUUUUGAACCAAUUCGUCAGAUUCUCUCUAAAUUGCCAAUUAUUGCUGCAAAUGAAUUGAAUGCCUUAAUGCAAACACCAAUUUUAUUGGAAAAACGUAUUGAGCACAAUCGUUUUUGUGAGCAGGCCCGUCAUUUGAUUGAAUGUGUUAGUCAAACCAAAUUACAGGACUUUACAGCUAUGACAAUGGAAAUGACUCAGGAAAAUCUAUGGCGUUCAGCUGUUGUUGCUCAAACUCGGAUUAAAUUUAAUGAAAAGGAGCUUUUGCAACUUAUCUACCAACAUUUAACUGAUAUUGGCUUUAAAAAGACAGCCAGACAAUUACAAACAGAGGCAGAAUUGCCUAAUUUUCCAGCAAGUCGUAUUCCUUCUACACCUGCUUCUUUGCCUGGAUUUCCUCGUCAAAAUCCAACUUCGUUUGCAAAUGUUAUUGCACGACGCAUUUUGAAAUUUGAUGGGAAUAUUGCGCAAAUAGCCAAUAAUGGUUCUAAUACGGAAACUCUUCCCAUGUCAGUAGCUAAUGCAUCUGCAACUCGUUGUCAUUCAGCACUAACCAACAAUACAACUAUAAUUGGCAACCGAAUUCCAAUGAAAAUUCAUAUGAAUACAACAAACACUCCAACAGCUAUCGGCAAUUCAUUGCUUCCUUUCUCUUCUGCUAGUUAUUCUGAUGGCCGAACUCCGUUAGGACAAUCUUCAGUUACAUCAACUCCAGGACCAUCAAUUAGCACUUCUAGCAUUUCGUUUUCCUUGAAAGUUCGACCACAUAAAUCCCUUAGUGAUAUUGUUCAUUCUUACUUUCGCAACGAACAUGCAAUGUGUCGAAAUCCGGUAGCAAAUUGUCCUCCCUUUUCUUUAUUUUAUCCUCAUCGUUGUCCCGAACCUAAAUUAUUAUAUUCCCCUCCCUCCAAUUUUGUCAAUCGCCUUCGUUAUCGCUCUAAUCCGCCAUAUAGAUGCACAAUGGAAGUCCUCAGCUGUUGUUAUUUCCUUAAAAGGAAACAGAUAUUAAAAAAGGGGUCUCUUUUGAUUUGCCGAUACCUCAUCAUUCAGUCGGAUGAUCUCAUCGCCAACGUAGACACGCCCAUACAAAUAGGAGUCGAAGCUCAUUUUGCGCACUCUGGGUGGCCUGCUUCCCUCAACGAACUCGAUUCUGGGCUCUGUGGACCGGCGAGUGACUUGGACGCUCACUUCGGUGAUUGA